GUUCCGCGAUGUAUCCGCGAUGCGCACUGAGGGUCACGAUGAAGUUUUUAUACCCCCGGCACUAUAGUCAAGGCGCUAUAGAUACUUAAAGCCCGACUAGCUACUUAAUCACGCCAUCCGCCUUCGCAAUGUCCUCAUCUUUUCCCUUUCCCAUUGACCACCAUCACUUUAACCUUUAACCCGUGGUCGGAAAGGAUCGAUUCCGAUCUAAUUAAUCGAUCAAUCAAUCAGUCGACGAAUCGAUUGUCGAUCAAUCAAUCAAUAAAUAAAUCCCCCCCAAAAGACAUUAUGACCAAAGCAAUCCCCUCUCCUUCGCAACGCCUGCUCCUCGUCAGCGUCCCGCGCACGGCCUCCAACCUCCUCCUAAAAGUCCUCAACAUCCCCGAACAACCUCACCUGCACGUCAACCCCAAAGGCGGGUACUUCUUCUUCGACGCCUUCACCGCCACCGCCCAAAGCAACCUCCUGACCACCCCUCCGUCUGAUUGGUCUUCCGCCACCGUGCAGCACGUGCAAUCGACCUUCCAAGCAUGCCUCGACGCCCUGGAAGCAUUUUCACAGGAAGCCGACGCGCAGGGUAAAGCGGCGUUCGCCAAAGAACACGCCUUCUGGAUCGCGGACCCGCUCUCCUUCCACAACCAAGGUGACAGUAGUGGCGAGCUGAAGGAGAAUAUCCGCGUCACCCUGCCAGACGCCUACGGGCCCACCACGACCUUCUCUCCAGGCAACGACACCAUCUUCCCGGACGAGUACCUCCUCACCUGGCGCCUGGCCUUCAUCAUCCGCCACCCGGCCCUCGCCUUCCCCAGCUUCUACCGCGCGAUGCUCAAGUUCUCGGAUACGGGGUACAUGAUCGAUAAGGAGGAGACACUGCGCGGCACGCUGGCGACGAACAUGUCGUUGCGCUGGACGAAGGGGUUGGUAGAGUGGUGUGUGCGGAUGCGGCCGGGUGAGCCUGUCUUGCUGCUCGAUGCGCAUGAUCUGAUCCAUGAGCCCGCGACGGUGAGGCGGUUUUGUCAGUUGGCUGGGUUGGAGGAGUCCGUCGUCAAGUUUGAGUGGGGGGCCGAUGAGCAGCAGAAGAAGAUGGCUGAGGCAGAGUUGACGCAGGAGCAGAGGGAUUAUAAUGCUGCGCGCAAGAUUAUGUUGGCGACUCUUGAGGGCUCGUCUGGCGUGUUGAAGGAAAAGACUCCUGCUAUGGUGGAUAUCGAGGCGGAGGUUGCGAAGUGGAAGGUUGAGUUUGGGGACGAGGUCGCUGGUAUGUUGGAACGGGCGGUCCGGGAGGCGAUGCCUGAUUAUGAGUUUUUGAGAGCCAGGAGGAUGACGGCUUGAUUGCUGGUACAUUUCUGUUGAAGAAAUAGGUUAUGAUUUUCGCCCGAUGUAGAAAAUGUUUGUAUUUCUUGUUAUGAUAGAUGAGCAGAUUGUAUAUGAUGAUUCAGGUCU